AAGACUUAACACCAAAUGAUUGGAUCAAAAGGAUUGAAAGAUUUUAUGUGUUUGACGACGAACUGGGAGUUAAUAUGUUGUUUGUGACUACAGAUGAUCGGGUCUAUGGAUUGGGUGCUAAUCUCUGGGGAUCAUUGGGUUUGGGACACAACCAGUGGUUUGGGACAAUUGGGCCAUAGAUGUAAUGAUAAGAUAUAUAAGACACCAAUGAUUAUACAAAUCAAUGAAAACAAUAAUCAGAUGAACCCAUGGAUUGUAUGGAGUAUUACAUUACGUGUGAACUGCUAUUAGAAGUGUUAGAAUGUGUCCGAUAUAUACAUGAAUUGAAUCCACCGGUUAUUCAUCGCGACCUCAAACCCGAUAACAUAUUGAUUGCUAACGAUAUCAGAAACGGACGGUUCAUUAAAUUAUGUGAUUUAGGAUUAAUAACAAUUCACGAUAGCUUAUCACAAAGUCAUACGUCACGAGUGGGAACUCCUAAUUUUAUAGCACCUGAAGUAAUUGGUGGUCGCAAAUACAAUACAAAAGCUGAUGUCUAUAGUAUUGGGGCUACAAUUGAAAAACUAUUUGAAUUUGAUAUAAAUGAAUCACAUGAUAAAUAUAUAUCAAGCGAAUGGUGUGAUAAAUAUCGGCAAUUGUUUGACAUAACAAUUAGUGCAACAAAAACAUUAUAUAAAGAGAGACCUACCUGUGCUCAGAUUAUUGAACGAUACAAUGAUUGGUCUAUUGAUAAAAGUAUUGUUACAAAUGAUGGGAAGUUUGAAGAAAAAUUACAACAAAUAAAAUCAAAAGAAUGUGAACUCCGUUCAGAGGACAGGGAUUCUGAGCCAAAAUUUUGGGAAAUAUUCUAUACAUUUGUUAACUAUAAACUCAAUAAUAAAUAA